AUGAAGCCUGGAUCACUAGCAACCAUAGGGUUGCCCUGCAGCAGCUUCGUGUUCUUAAACAGCGGGACUUCCAAACGGACACCCGCCGCACCACUGGGACGAGAAGAGCUGGGAUAUAUCCGGCGAGCAAACUCGAUCGCAGCGCGGGUUUGCCUGCUAAUAUUGCUCUUGACAGCUCGAAAAUGCUAUUGGCUGGUGGAGCAGCCAUCUUCGUCGAUGUUUGAGGAGAUCCCCUACUUCCAACACGUUAUGAUGAUCAUACGCAAAUUCAUGAAGGUACAUCGAACCUUCUUUUGGAUGGGAUGUUGGGGUCACUUCAGCAGCAAGGGCUCCCUUGCCUAUGGCACCCUGGGCUUCAUUCCCAAGCUGGCCAAGCGGCUGACGAAAAAGAGGAAGAUCCGCUAUGGACUUUCUUCAGAAGGAGUCGUGAAGAAAGGCAUUGACAAGCGAGGCCGCAAAGUGGUGAGUGGUGGCAACCUGCUACGGCUCACACAAGAAUAUCCUCGCAAGUUCUGUGCCAGGGUUGUGAAGCUCCAUUUGAUGUACUUG